GUGGGAGGAACAGCUAGGCUUUCAGUUUCAUCUUUUGCAAUCGAAUGGGAAUGCCAACCGCAAUCUACAUCCUUGCACUCCUCGCGGGGCUUGUCGCCAGCCAAAAGACCUGCCCAGAUGGAUCACUGUGCAACACCGGAGACACGUGCUGCAAGCUGAGAAGCGGCAAGUACAGCUGCUGCCCCCUUCCCAACGCUGUCUGCUGCGACGACCAGGAGCACUGCUGUCCCUCCCGUUACCGCUGCGACAACGAGACGGACGCCUGCAAGCCGGCCAGUGCACGAACGGCUCACGUCGAAGCCCUCGUGUUGCAGACGCUCGAAAACACUGACAGGCAACAACAAAACGACUACGUCCCGUGCGGUCUACCGGACGACGCAGUCUGUCCCGCCAGCCACACGUGCUGCACGACGACGUCGAAGUCGAAAGCCACCAACCACAGCUGCUGCCCCUCCCGGAACGCCGUGUGCUGCGCUGAUGGGAAACACUGCUGUCCCGCACGGACCACGUGCCAGCCAGCGUCUGGACGGUGCAGCUACGACGACGCUGACGCGCCGGGAACUGGGCUUCCGGCGAAACCGUACGACAAGAUGCGGACGACGACGGCAGUGAAGGCCAUCCCGACUGAAUGUAAAGGCGGAUUCUGUGCCACAAGCUCUUCGCGGAACACUGUUGGCCGCUGUCCGCCGGACUAUUACCAGUGCUCAAACCCUGUCUACUGCUGUCCUGUCAACCUCCUCUGCACGUUCACGGGCGCCUGCGUGCCGAUGCCGUUCUUUGUGCCAAAGAUUGACGCGGCGCGCCAUUACGAGAACUGAUCUUGUUAACUCCAGCGCCCAGGCAGCCAUGUAGUACAUAUGCGUAUGCUGCGAGUCGCAAUUAAAGCGUGGCCUGUGGCUGCUUUCUGGUAAAGAACGCCGCGAGUCGUGACGACAACGCCAUGCUAAGGACCAUACAUCGUUUACUAUUUCGUUUGUAGCUGCUGUGACAAUUAGGAAAUUACAUAGGCGCAUGAGCAUAUAGACAAGAAAACAAAAAUACGAAGAAACAUUUAGAGUAUUGGUGGGGAAAAAAAGCGAGAGAAAUUGAUAGGACCGGAUCAGUUACAGGCAUAGGUAAGUGUUCAAGGUAGAUAUAGAUGUUAUAGAUGUUUUUGAACACGAGAGAUAAGACUAUGGAGGCAUAGACAAAAUGCUAGACUUAUCUAGAGAUUACUUGAUUAGCUCAAGCAGGCUAGGGGACUAUUUGUCGCCGCCCCGUUUCGAAGGUGAUACCAAUAAAUCAUCAUCAUUGAGUCGAAGCGGAGUGCUGAAUGGAGGUAUGUUCCAGAAUACGAGGGUAAGUUGUGACAUUGAAAUAUUACACAAGCAACAAAGGCACUGGAACGAUUUUAUUUUUCGCGAACUAUAUACUAGACACUUUGGAGCGGCCGGUGUGCGUGCAUGCAGGCGUACAAAGAUCGUGAAGUGCGGGUUUUGUCGCACGGUCGUACGACUGUAUGCUGCUUACAGGUUGGACUAUUUUGAAGUUUUGCUGCGUUUCUUCUACGCCCAACACUUGAGGGUAGGGUGCCUGAAAGGUCUUUCCCUGACGGUGAGGAAAAGGUCAUUCAGGCACCCUACUUGUGGGCGCUAAGCCGUGCUCCCUGCUGGAUAGCAGAAAGAGUCAUUUCCAAUGGCCGCGAGAUCGGGCUACAGGUGGCAGCACCGUCGCCGCGUUAAUGUGGGUGGGCGAUCGGCGGCGCGCAUUGAAAUAUACUCG